AUGGGUCAGCACAAUAACAAUAGUAGUAACGGCAGUAAUAGUGGUGGUGGUGGUGGUAACCAUCAUAACAAACAUAUACAAGGAAAUACAGACGAAGAAGAUUUCGAUUUCAAGUUCAGUCAAUGUUUUGGUGAUAAAGCGGAUAUUGUUGUUACAGAAGCAGAUAUCAUUACAGCAGUAGAGUUUGAUAAUUCGGGUGAUUAUCUUGCCACUGGUGAUAGAGGUGGUAGAGUCGUUUUAUUUGAAAAAAAUAAUGAAUCCAAACAUUGUGAAUAUAGAUUCUUGACAGAAUUCCAAUCUCAUGAUGCAGAAUUCGAUUAUUUGAAAUCUUUAGAAAUCGAAGAAAAAAUUAAUCAAAUUAAAUGGUUAAAACCAACUCAGAAAUCUCAUUUCCUUUUAUCAACAAACGAUAAGACAAUCAAAUUAUGGAAAAUUUAUGAAAAAAAUAUAAAAUUAGUAUCUUCAAAUAAUCAUACUUUAGACGACACUAGUAGUACUAAUCGUAAUAAAUGGAAAACAAUUAAAGAUUUAACCUUGCCUAAAUUAUCACAACAUGAUAAAAUAAUAGCUGCUCAGCCAAAAAAAAUAUAUUCAAAUGCUCAUACUUAUCAUAUUAAUUCCAUCUCACCUAAUUCAGAUCAAGAAACUUUUAUAUCUGCCGAUGAUUUAAGAAUUAAUCUUUGGAAUUUAAAUAUACCUGAUCAAAGUUUUAAUAUCGUUGAUAUUAAACCAACAAAUAUGGAAGAAUUAACUGAAGUCAUUACAUGUGCAGACUUCCAUCCACAAUUUUGUAAUUUAUUCAUGUAUUCUUCUUCAAAAGGUACUAUUAGGUUAUGUGAUAUGAGAACAAAUGCUCUUUGUGAUUAUAAACCGAAAAUUUUUGAAGAAUUUUUAGAUCCAAAUAAUCAUAAUUUUUUCACAGAAAUUACUUCCUCCAUAUCUGAUGUGAAAUUUAGUCCAAAUGGUAGAUAUAUUGCUUCAAGAGAUUACUUGACUGUUAAAAUUUGGGAUAUUAAUAUGGAUAGUAAACCUAUUAAAACAAUCAACAUCCAUGAUCAAUUAAAAGAAAGAUUGAGUGAUACUUAUGAAAAUGAUGCUAUUUUUGAUAAAUUUGAAAUAGAAUUCUCAGGUGAUUCAAAAAGUUUGAUGACAGGUUCUUAUAAUAAUAAUUUUAUGAUAUAUCCAAAUGUAAUAAAUAAUUCAAUUGAUGAUACUAUUCCAACAAUUGUAAAAGAUUUCAACUCAACUUCAACUUCAAGUAGGCAUAAACAAUCUUCAUCUUCUUCUUCUUCUUCGCAUUCUCAUUCACAACACUCGCAUUCGCAUAAUAAUAAUUCACAUUCUAAUAAUAAUAAUAGCCGAAACAAUAACUCAAACCCUGAUGAUAUGGAUUACGAAAUGAAUGAUAUUGAUUCAAAUUCAACUGAUAAAUCAAAUAAUUUAUUCACUAAUGAAAUUGUUUUACAAGCCGAUAAAGCGGCCUUUAAGAGCAAAAGAAUCGGUUCGAUGAAUCAAAGAUCAAAUAAGAUUAAGGAUUGGGGUGAUGAUAUCGAUUUUAAAAAAUCUAUUUUACAUUUCUCUUGGCAUCCAAGAGAAAAUAGUAUUGCUUUGGCUGCAACAAAUAAUUUAUUCAUUUUUUCUGCAUUAUAA